CGUCUUUGUUCGCACUUUUUAAACCAUAUAAAUCAAGCCCACUCCCCUUGCUCUUAUUUCCUCCUCUCUUCAGCCGAGCUUACCUCCGUCGAUUUCAAUGGCGAAGACCAAAUCCGAUCCUUCGAAGGUAAAGAACAAGAAGAAGAAGACGAAGAGUCUCCUCUCAGGCCCCGCCGCCGCCGCCAUGAAAUCCUCAAAGCAGCAAGCCAAGCCCAACCCUUUCGACUCCAUCUGGACUCGUCAGAAGUUCGACGUCCUCGGAAAAAAGCGCAAGGGAGAAGAACGCCGUGUUGGACUCGCGCGAUUCCUCGCAAUCGAAAAGAGGAAGAAGACUUUACAGAAGGAAUAUGAGCAGAGUACGAAGUCUUCUGUGUUUGUUGACAAGCGAAUUGGCGAGAAAGACGAUACCUUGCAAGAAUUCGACAAGGCUGUCCUCCGGCUGCAGCGAGAGCGCCAGUUAAAAUUAAGAAAAGGUGGGAAGUAUAAUUUGGAUGAUGGUGACGACCAUGGCUCUGAAUUCUAUGAACCCUUUUCUCUUCAAGAAAAGGAUGAUUUUGAUGAAGAUGUACCUCUUAAUGAUGAUGAUGCAUUAUUUGGGAGCUUGAAUGGUUCAACGUCUUCAAAAUAUAUGAAUUUGCACACGGAUCAACAAGAAAUUAGCUUGGCAGAUGGAACAGAAAAUGUUCACAAAACCAAGAAGCAAGUGAUGUCAGAGAUUAUUUUUAAGAGCAAGUUCUACAAGGCCCAGAAAGCAAAGGAUAAAGAAGAUGAUGACCAUCUAAUGGAAACGUUAGAUAAAGAUUUCACGUCCUUAGCCCAAAAAGAGGCACUAAUGUCUUUAACACAACCAAGUAAGAUAAAUGCCCUAAAAGCUAUUGCAAACAAAAGCAGCACCAGUCAGCCGAGUAAAGGACCAUCCAGUUCAGGAGACAAAGAAUACUCUAAAAGGGAAAAACCUGACACUUAUGACAAACUUGUCAAAGAGAUGUCAUUGGAUAUGCGUGCUCGUCCAUCAGACCGGACAAAGACUCCAGAAGAAAUUGCUCAAGAAGAAAGAGAACGACUUGAAACAUUAGAGGAAGAGCGCAGAAAAAGGAUGGUUGCUGCUGAUGAUUCCUCUGUUGAGGACGACAGUGAUGGGGAAGAUGACUAUUUGAGGCCAAAUAAAAUCAAAGCUCUCUCAGGGGAUGACCUUGGCGAUUCAUUUUCAGUUGAGGAGGAAAUAAGAAAUAAAAACGGCUGGGUUGAUGACAUAUAUGAGAAUGAAGCUGCAAGCAAUGAAGAUGAGGGCAGCACAUCAUCUGAGGGUUCAGAAAGUGAUGCUGAUGAUCGUGACGGGACUGGCGAUGAGGAUGGCGAUGAUGACGAUGGUCCAACUUGUCAUGAGCCUGGGAAUAUGUCCUUUAAAGAUUGGGAGCAAAGUGGUGAUGACGAGCUUGGUCUUGAUGCAGAACAUGCAGAUGAUGCUGAUGAGAGGCAGCUUCCUAGAAAGAACAUAGAUUUGGAAGAAAUGAAAUCUAUAUGUUAUAACAAAACUAGUUUUUCGGAGAAGCAUGCUACACCCAAACAAGAGGCUCUUCCCUUUGUAAUUGACGCCCCAAACAACUUCAGAGAGUUCUGUUCCUUGCUUGAAAACCGUUCAGAUGGAGAAGUAGUUGAGGCUAUUAAUCGCAUCCGUGCAUGUAAUUCGAUAAGGCUAUCUGCAAAUAACCGUGAGAAAAUGCGAGUGUUUUAUGGUAUUCUUUUGAAUUAUUAUGCAGUCUCGGCAACUCGAAGACCACUAAAUGUCAAGAUAUUGAAUUCUCUUGUUAAACCAUUGAUGGAAAUUAGCGUAGAAACUCCAUUUUUUGCAGCAAUUUGUGCUCGGGAGUGGCUAAUAAACAUAAGAACAAAACUUUGCAAGGAUAUAAAGAUCCCAGAGAAGAGUAGCUGGCCAUCUUUGAGGACUCUGCUUCUGUUGAGACUCUGGUCAUUAAUCUUUCCUUGCUCUGACUUCCGCCAUGUUGUUAUGACUCCUGCAAUCCUCCUGAUGUGCGAGUAUCUGAUGCGCUGUCCUAUAAUAUCUGGCCGGGAUGUCGCUGUUGGAUCUUUUUUGUGUUCGAUGGCGCUUUCUGUGGCGAAACAAUCUCAGAAGUUCUGUCCUGAGGCUAUAAAUUUUCUGCAAACCCUUCUGAUGUCUAGUUUUCAGUCAGACCGAAAAGCACUACAAAAUUCUGCGGACCAUCUUAUGGAGCUAAGGACAGCACAUCCCUGGCUACUAAUAUGUGAUCAAGUAAAUGAAGUGCAUCCUAUUGAUUUCUUCAUUGUCAUGGACAUGGACGUGGACUCACCCUUUUUUUGUUCUGAUAGUUUCAAGGCUAGCAUUCUUGUAACUGUUCUUGAAACAUUAAAAGGAUUUAUUAACAUAUAUGAAAAAUUGAGCGCAUUUUCAGAAAUAUUCUCACCAGUUUCUGAGUUGUUGCAUGAAGUGCUAAAGAAAGCGAACUUACCAAGCUUGUUACAAGAUAAUGUGAGAGAUAUUAUUGAUUUGAUAAAGAUAAAAGUUGAUGAACAUCAAAUGUGGAGGCGACCACUUCUAAUGCGGAAACAGAAGCCUGUUCCAAUCAAAUUAAUAAAUCCAAAGUUCGAGGAAAGCUUUGUCAAGGGUAGAGAUUAUGAUCCUGAUAGAGAAAGGGCAGAGAGAAAGAAACUGAAGAAACUUUUGAAGAGUGAAGCCAAGGGUGCCAUAAGGGAGCUACGUAAGGAUAAUCACUUCAUAUUUGGAUUGAAGGAAAAGGAUAGGCUGCAGCAAGAAGACGAACGAGCAGAAAAAUACGGUAAGGCAAUGGCUUUUCUUCAAGAACAGGAGCAUGCCUUCAAAUCAGGCCAAUUGGGUAAAGGAAGAAAGAGAAAGAGAUGAGGCCGGUAUAAUGUCUUUACGCAGGAUUUUGCUACAAAGCUAUUGAACUUGUACGUCCUUCGAGUGUGUGCAAGAGAUGAAGUUGCGGGAAAGCAGUGAACAUCUAUAGAUCAAGCUGGGUAGAUUUGGUUACUUAAGAUUUCAGAUCAUCUUCAAGUCUAAAUGUAACUGAUUUGCAUAAGCUAUUAAUGAGUUGUACUUACCAGGAACAAAUAUUCUGGAUAAAACGCUGGUUAUUGUAAUGUUUUUGUUAUUCUUGAUAUGUUAUUCUAUUCAAUGGCCGUUAGGUAUA